CGAGCACGUUACAUUUACGCACAGGCGUUUCUGACCCCGUUGUAAAUACGAAUGACAGACAGAGGCGUUGAUAUUCAUGACAUCGCACAAUCAAUACGGAAACCCGACUCGACUUAUUAUCGCAGGCUGGUGAGACCCCGUUGAUGUCAUUCCCUGUACCAACCAGCGUUCUGCCAGCCGAGAGAGGAAGACUACCUUGUUCCACAGGUAGCUUGUGGCCAAUGCCACAAACGCUACCUGCCCAGGGAAGUGGACUAUCAGCAGGACUAAAGACCUUGCAAGUUGGCCCCAACAAAUAUCCGUUGGCCUGCAUAGUGAGUGGCAGUGCAUCUGCCUGCAGGGAAAGUGGUCAUGUCAGACUUAAGCAAAGAGCUGGUGGAUUUAGUUUGGGGGAGACCAACAACCGGAGCAGUUUCAGCCUCCAUCUUUCGAAGAUGGACACAAGGGUUUGUGUUCAGUGAGAAUGAGCGCACAGCUCUCGAGCAGUUUGAAGGGGGCCCAUGUGCUGUAAUUGUGCCUGUACAGGCUUUCCUCUUGAAGACUCUUCUCUUUAACCAAGAGACUUCAAACUGGAGAGACAUGACAGAGGAGGAGCAGAAAACUGUCCUCUGUUCUGGGCUGAGUGAAAUCCUGGAAUCGGCCUGUUCCAGCACCUCCACAGGGUUCUGCCUCGUGUCGUGGGCCAAGGGACAGAACCCGCAUACCCACACGCAUACGAAAGCACAGACCCAGUCACAAACACAGGACAUGCCAGUGCCAGAGAGCAGCCAACCACUAGAGGGGCAACAACCCACUGCUUUGGCUGUUGAAGACCUUGGCUUUGAGCGAUUUCACAGUGUUCUUCAGAAACGGGUUGUGAUGUCUGUGUCAGAUCUCCAAGCGGAGGUGCUUACUCUCUACCACACCUGGAGGGGGUGUUGUGGAGUUUUGCUGUUCCUCUACUCUGUCAUCCUCACCAAGGGCAUUGAGAACAUAAAAAAUGAGAUCCAGGACACGCUGGAGCCCCUUAUAGACCCAGUGCACGGCCAUGGAAGUCAGAGUCUGGUGAACCUCCUUGUAACGGGCCGUGCAGUCUCUAAUGUCUGGGAUGGAGAUCGAGAGUGUUCUGGAAUGAAGCUACACGGUAUUCAUAAGCAGGCGUCAGUUGGCUUCCUCACGCUCAUGGAGUCAUUACGGUACUGCAAGGUGGGGGCAUUCCUGAAGUCGCCCAAGUUCCCUAUUUGGAUCAUUGGCAGUGAAACUCACCUCUCUGUGUUUUUCACAAAGGAGAUGUCCCUAGUUGGUCCAGAAUGUCCAUCAGAGCAGGCCAGGAGGGUCUUCCAGUCAUUUGAUCCUGAAGAUAACGGCUUCAUCCCAGACUCUCUGCUGCAGGAUGCGAUGAAAACCCUUGACCUUGUCUCAGAGCCAGAGUAUGUUCGUCUGGUCAAGAACAAACUGGAUCCAGAGAACUUGGGCAUAAUUCUUCUGGGCCCUUUCCUGUUGGAAUUCUUUCCCGAUCAGGAUUCAGGAAUCCCGGACUCGUUCCCCGUCUACCACUACAAUGGACUUAAACAGUCCAACCACAACGAGAGGGUGGAGUAUGUGGAAGGGACCGCUUUGGUGCUAGGGUUCGAAGACCCCAUGGUACGGACCGACGACACUCCAGUCAAACGCUGCCUACAGACCAAGUGGCCCUACAUCGAGCUGCUGUGGACCACCGAGCGCUCUCCGUCACUCAACUAGUCCUGUUUGUACAUGCAAUUGACCACUACUGCCUCCAUCUCACACACACACACACACACACACACACGGUUCUGCUCCAGGGAGCUUAUAUAUAACGGGACCACAACCACACACACACAUACACAUUCUGUAUACGCAACAUUAAUGAAUGAGAACGUCACAAAUGCACACAAAAAGACUCGAACAAACACACUGUAUAUGCCUGAGAUUCAUUCUUUCAGUCUCAAUUCAACUCACCUUGAAAUGAUACUUAUUGUCUGUUCAGCACGGCUUGUCAUUUGUCACGUAGGCUGUUUAUCAUGUCGAACUGUAGCGUGUCACACAAAGUCACAUGCUGGUGCGCAUAUAGAGUUGUCACGACAACUCUACGAUUAUUCGAAGGACGGGUAAAACAAAACGAAUGACCAAAGCUUUCCACAUGAGAACACAGAGACUUUCACUCCCACUGCUCAAUGUUUACAAUGUUAGGACCAACAUAGGCACACGGGGAACUGUGGAGGUUUCUUCAAUGUUUUCCGCAGCAUGUAAGAGUGCACACUGACGAUGUACCUCAUGCACCACAUUGAGAAAGCGGCCAGGCGCUCAUGUAUUUAUUAACACGCUCACAGUUCAGAUUGUGGAAUAAACACUUUUCUUUCUU